AUGCCCCUCCUUCUGUCUCAUCAUGCCCCCUCCUCCUGUCUCAUCACGCCCCCUCCUCCUGUCUCAUCACGCCCCCUCCUUCUGUCUCAUCACGCCCCCUCCUUCUGUCUCAUCAUGCCCCCUCCUUCUGUCUCAUCAUGCCCCCUCCUUCUGUCUCAUCAUGCCCCCUUCUUCUGCAUCAUCAUGCCCCCCUCCUUCUGUCUCAUCAUGCCCCCUCAUUCUGUCACAUCAUGCCCCCUCCUUCUGUCUCAUCAUGCCCCCUCCUCCUGUCUCAUAACGCCCCCUCCUUCUGUCUCAUCACGCCCCCUCCUCCUGUCUCAUCACGCCCCCUCCUUCUGUCUCAUCACGCCCCCACCUUCUGCAUCAUCAUGCCCCUCCUUCUGUCUCAUCAUGCCCCCUCCUCCUGUCUCAUCACGCCCCUCUUUCUGUCUCAUCACGCCCCCUCCUCCUGUCUCAUCAUGCCCCCUCCUCCUGUCUCAUGUACCCCUCCUUCUGUCUCAUCAUGCCCCCUCCUCCUGUCUCAUCAUGCCCCCUUCUCCUGUCUCAUCAUGCCCCCUUCUCCUGUCUCAUCAUGCCCCCUCCCUCUGUAUCCUCAUGUCCCCUCCUCCUGUCUCCAAGUGUUGA